UUGAAACAAGAAACCUGCUGCUCACAGAGCCGAGAAGGGAGGGGGAAGAUCAACGGUAGACCACAGCCUUAACGUUCAAGACUUGUCAACCAGACGUGAGAGCAGAGAUGUUGGAGAAGAACUUGUAAAGCCAUUGAGAGAAGGACGGAUUGUGCCGUUUCAAAAAUGUUUGUAUUUUUGGCUGAACUCUGAAGACGCAGCAUCUUGAUAGCCUACUCAUAUAGAACCCACAAUGUGAUAGCCUACUAAGAUACAUUUACCUGAGACGUGUUUUCACAGACUACAACUGACCUAAAAUGGACAUAAUAACGACACGAAAUUAUGAUAUAUUGUAAAAACGUUCAACGUAAGUCUUUAAGGUUGAUUGUCCUAAAUAUUGUGCACAUGAACUAUGGAUUUUUUUUUUCGGAGAAAGAGGGUGUUAAAAACUCUGUUGAGUUUGUCUCUAGUUUUUGCGUCGUUACUGAUGAUCCAAAAAUUUAAGCUUGUGGAAAACAGCUUUAAGGACAAUGAUGAUAUUGAUACAAAAAUUGGAGACAGAUGGUGGGGAGUAGGCCUACAACGGGAUUUACACAAAGGGAAAGGUGACUUUAGUAAAAGUAGUUUAGGUAACUACUCGCCGUCUGUUUUGGGGGAUGUGGAUGCUCAACGAGUGACAGUCUCCAACGCAACUCCGGCCUCCUGGGAUGUGCAUGUCAUGAAUUGCAGUGAAGAUUCAGACGCCAGGAACCAGGACUGGUUUCGACUUCUGGAUCCUAGGUUCCAUCAGUUUGUUCUGCAUCGACACUGUCGAUACUUCCCCAUGUUGAUAAAUCACCCGGAUAAAUGCAGGGAUGGAGAGGUCCAUUUGCUUAUGGUGGUGAAAUCCGUUAUAGAACAACACGAUAGGCGAGAUGCAGUGCGCAAGACGUGGGGGAAAGAACAGACAGUAAAUGGGAAGAAAAUUAAAACGUUGUUUCUUUUAGGAAGUCCAACAAAUGGGAAAGAUACCAAAAUUCUUCAGAAGUUGAUCGAGUACGAGAACAGGAUUUAUGGAGAUAUACUUCAGUGGGAUUUCAUGGACACCUUUUUCAACCUCACAUUAAAAGAGAUAAAUUUUCUCAAAUGGUUUGAUAUUCACUGCUCAAGUGCCAAGUUCAUAUUCAAAGGAGAUGAUGACGUUUUUGUCAAUACAGACAAUUUAUUGGAACUUAUUAGUUUCAAGAUUGAAGAUCGUAAAGUGCUGAACAUGUUCGUAGGAGACACAAUUUCCAAAGCCAUCCCUAUAAGGAACCGUCAAAGUAAAUACUACAUUCCCAAAGAGCUGUAUGAUAAGCCAUAUCCACCUUAUGUUGGAGGUGGGGGUUUUGUAAUGUCCUCGCAACUAGCUAGGAGACUUUUCGUUGUCUCUGAGGAUUUGGAACUCUACCCAAUUGAUGACGUGUUUUUGGGAAUGUGCCUACAGAAGCUUCACUUGGCUCCAGAAAUGCACCCAGGUUUUAGGACAUUUGGCAUAAUGAAGCGCAGAGUGAGCCCAAUGAACAGCGAACCCUGCUUUUACAAAAACCUCAUCGUUGUUCAUAAACUGAGCCCAGAUGAGUUACUCAGGAUGUGGAGUGUAGUGCAAAAUGAGGACCUUGUUUGCGCUAAGAGAACUGCAAUUUAGGCAAACAGGAGAGUUAAUAUCAUGAAAUACGAUGUGUUGUUCAACAUGUUUGAUUGGAUGUCAAUCAGUAACUGUAAACUCAGUUGCAACAGAGGCAUUGUAAAGAGAAUUGUAUAUAAGAUCAAUUAUUUGGCCAAGUCAACUUUGUUUUUGAUGAAGAGUAUAAUGUUGCAUUUACAACAUUUGUAAAGGCCAACUGCAUGUGAGCAAAUGUCCAAGUGUGAUCACGAAGACAUGCAGGCCAAAUCCCCAAGAAAACAAAUACAUUUAUGUAUGUUGUACAAUAAAAAUAGACCACUUUUAAUAACCAAUAGAUUUUUUAAUAUUUAAUUACAUUGUAAUUCAUAUUUGCAGGGUCAAAUAGUACAUGUUACUUUUAGUGUGAUGUUUGCAAUAAAAUGUAAGUUCAUAAACAAAAUUUAAUGUUUGGAAUACAAUGUACUGAAUGUCAAAUGUAUUCUUGUUUUUCAAUGAGAGCAGAAUAGGUGUAACAUUUGUAAAGUAAACCACAGCAACAGCAACUACUCUGUACAGCUUGAUUUAUUCAAAAUGUUUUUUUACAAAACAAUUGAGAUGGAAAUAUUGUACAAGAAAUACCGAUUUAUAUGCACCUCAAACUAUGCGAGAAAAAACAGUUACAUCCAUGGAAUGAUAUACUAUGUGGAACAAAGCGAAUGAAACAAACUAAUUGUAACUUCAGAUACAAUUAACCAAAUGGUCUUACUGAUGAACACAACUGGAACAAACUGACACAAUACAAUAAAAUUCGAUUGUAUUUUCUGUAAAA